AUGGAUGUUGAUGAACCGAAUCCUAUUGUGAUAUCAGAUUCUGAGGCCACUGAUGAGGAAAUUAGUAUCAUAUACGAACCCGAAUUCAAUGAAAAUUAUUUAUGGGCAGAGGAAAACGUCCAAGAAGCAAGCAGAUCACAGAAAAUUGUCACUGAGAGGUUGAGCCUGGAUUCCACUGCUGGAGAAUCUUGUACUCCUUCCGUAGUAACUGAUACACAAGUUACUACGGGGCUUCGGUGGUCUUUGAGGAAGAGGAAGGCUAUUCAAAAGAUGCCAUACAGUUUAGAACGCAUAAAGCAUAGGCAGUUGCUAGAGGGCUAUGAUAUCUCUAGUUUUGACAGCAUUUCGAAUCAGUUGACCUUACCGAAGAACGCUUCUACAGUGAUUCACUCAAAUGAUAUUUUACUUACAAAGAGAACUGGUAAACCCUUAGAUGAGCAGAAAGAUGUUACAAUCGACUCCAUUAAACCCGAAAACAGCUCGGUUCAAUCUCAAAGAUAUGAUAGUGAUGAAGAAAUACCAAAGAAAAGGCAUCGUACUUUUAAAGACCUCGACCAGGAUAUAGUAUUUCAAUCAGGUGAUUCUACGGAAGAUGAACAAGACUUGGCUAGUACAAAUUUACAGAAUACUCAAAAUGACGAAGUAAUAUUUAGAGGAAGAGUAUUGAAUGUAAGAACUGGUUACCGUGGGGUCCUGCCAAGAGUUGCUUGGGAAAAGUCGUUGCAAAAGCAGCAGUCUUCAAAAGUCACGAAAAGAAAAACUCAAUUAUUGAACCAUAAGGGUGUGGCUAAGAGGAAAAUGAACAGAAGCGCCCAUAUUGAAGAUGAAGAACAGAACUUAUUGAACGAUCUUAUUGCACCUGAUGACGAACUGGAUAUCGAGGAAAACGCCCCUCCAGAUAUAUACUUAGGAAAUCUUCCAGAGGAUCGUGAGGCUAACGAAAAGGAAUUAAAGGAAUUGCAAGAAUAUUAUGAGAGCAAGUAUAGUGAAGACGCACAAUCGGCUGGAACUUCUGGUUUUAAUUUAAAUGAGGAAUACCGCAAUGAACCAGUGUAUGAGCUGGAAUAUGACGGACCGGGGAGCUGCAUAUCACAUGUGUCUUAUAAAGACCAGCCUAUUAUUUAUUUGAAUUCACGGCAUUCAGAUAGCGGAUUUAGUGAGCAAUACAAUAUAUCUGCCGAAGAUAAUCAAAGUGUAAUUUCCCUAGAUGCUGCUGAAGAGCAUAACGAUGGUAUAAUUGACAAGAUGUUGGUUAAACCUAAAAGAAUUAAAGCAACCAAUGAUGCCAACUUUUUGAAUACAAAAAGUAAGAGAGUGAGAAGAUAUAAGUACAAAUAUCGAAAUUCUUGUCUGGCCCCAAGUACAAAAGCUAUCAAAGUCGGAAAACGGUCAGCGCAUAAAUCUCAUUUGGCAGCUAAUAAUCCAGUUUCAUUUGUUUCUAAGAAGAAUCAUGUAAUUGAUGAUUAUUUUUUUGAAGAAUUAGAAUCUCAAUCCCUAGAACAGGAUGACAGCUCUUCUCUCAAGCCACAGAAAAAAAGAAGGAAGAAGAAAGCACCUAUAUACUCAAGUUUCUCCGCUGAUCUUGAAUCGAGACGAAAACCAGUUUUCAAUACUGUUGUAGAGGUUCCCACGAACCGAUACGCUUUCACAAAGCCAAAUGUACGUAAUAGGGACAGCAUUAAUCAUGACAUGGAAUUUGAGGAAGAAGACUCCAAUCAAGAGCUUGGACCAAUAAUGGUCGUACUUGACUCAAUUUUACUAAAAAAACCUUUUGAGCCACCUAAUUUCUUCAAGAUCCAGUUGUCAGACAAGAGUUUCUUGCUAUCAAAAUUGAAUCCUGCAGAUAUAGCUACAUCAUUACAGAAAAUAUUCAGAGUAAUCAUUGAUAAAGGUAUCACUGAUACUGAACUAGUUCACUUUAACGAAAGCCUUAUUGCUUUUUUGGUGCACCUUGACAUGCCUGAACUAUUCGACUUAAUAGGUGAAUUUCAUCGUGAAUUUAGAUCGAAGGUCAAUAGCUUGAGGAAAAAAGCUAAACCAAUCCAUUUUUUUCAAAUUGCGGCAUGCCAAUUAAUGUUUCUAGAAAUAUCAAGAUAUAACAAAAUUUCAGCCGCUGCAAAAUUCGACAUGGAUGUCAAACUCUUAGAUCAUAUUGUGUCUUUCUUCAAAUUACUUUCUGUCUGUUAUGAUUCUGUUAUGAAAAAUCCAAUGCAAUAUCUGUACACAAGUUAUUAUAUUCUCUCUGCUGUCGUUGAUGUCAUACAUAAAAAGGAAGCUUUGUGGGAUUUAUUUCAAAAGCACCCCUUUUCGCCUCAUAUUUCACUGUUGCUGGUCAACAUAUUUCCUACGAAAGUCUGCCGCUGGCAGGUUUUGAGAUUAGAUUCUGAAUUCCAACCCUUGAGUUCGGCAUUUCGGUUCAUCAAUUAUUGCAUUGAGACUUGUAAUUGGAAUGUUACAAAUUCUUUGAUUCUUUCUCUCGAUCGCAUAUUCAAACGGAGAAGAUUUUCGGACUUUGAAGAAGAGUCUGAUUUGUCACAAAACAAUAAGAUAAUUUAUCCUCCAACGAAUCAGCUUACGAGUCGAUUAAUGUUUAACAGAUAUUUGCAUCUACUGACGUUGUGUGAAUUGUCUAGUUCUGAUACACAACGUGUGAUACCGAUGGGUGAUAUUUCUAUGAAUGAUUCUCUAUCUGUUUUGAAGAACCGCCUCAACCUACUAAUUGUUCUAGCUACACGUUUUGAUUUAAACUUAGAGAAGCGCUUCCAAGAGCUAACACGACCGUUAUAUAGUAAGGAAUAUUUAAACUUGCAUACACAGAACACAGUCAGGACGAUAACAACAUUGAUCAUGCAGGCCAGCCUUUCAUUCCUGGAAAUCAGUCGAAUCAAAAAUCAUCCAUUCAGUGGAAAAUUUAUUGCGUCAUUAUUUGAUAAACUAGUACUUCAACAACCUUCCAUAUCGGGAGUAACAGAAAAUUUUUUGAAAGAAUUCACAAAUUUAGUCUCCAAAAUGAAAAGAAAAAGCGUGAGUAUGCUCAAAUUUCUGUAUCCUUCACUGGUGGCCAUGUCUCAAGAAAAUAUAUUCGAGUCGUCUUUUUUUUUAUUAUUACAGGUAUAUUUGAAGAGCUUAGAUGUGCUGGGUCCAACUUGGGUGCAAAAUUAUCUUUUUCAGUUUAUAAAGAGCAAGGCUCAAGAAAAUGAAAGAUGGAUAGAAUGCUAUUGUCAGAUCGGAAAAUUCCUCGUAGAUUCUGGUAUAUUUACCUGGUGGACUUUCUUUACCUAUAACGGCUUAGAUGCUGCAUUACACUUUCAGCUUGCAUUUCACUCCCUUAUUAUCGAUUUCUGUGAUACAGACUCUUUUGAAUUACUGAAAAAACCGCUUUAUUCCAUUGCUUCUGAUUUGCUGCUCAUUUCCAAAGAUGACGCUUUCUAUCACUUUCUUUCCAAUCUGUUGAAGAGGGCACAUAUCAUAGUAGCAGAUUUGAAACCUGUUUCCGAUGAGAAUGAACUCCUGCGAUUGGCUUAUAUUUUUUCUAAAGCAUUGAAAAAAAAUGCAUAUCAAGAUCUAUUAGCUGUUUUCUUAUCCCUGGCGAAAAAACAUUACGAUGAAGGGGACAUCAGUAGAAAUUUCUUGGCAAAAUAUCUCGAAUUUCUUAACAAAAAUUGCUUGACUGAGCUAAGAAAUAAUCAACUCUUCAUCAGUCUAAGAAGGGAACUUGGUAUUUCAAGUGAUGAAGACGAAAAAUGUGCGUUCUGGGACUCAUUCAAUGAAGCAGGUGAUAUACUUUCCAAAGCUGCAUUUGUUGAAACCGGUAUUGUUCAAGCCUGUUGCACUGGGAAUGAAAUUGAUGGAUAUCUUGACAAUUUAAGCACUUUAUUCACCUCCACCAUGUUAGAGAGCCCUUUUGCAUUUUUUUCUGACCUGGUGAUAGCACACAUAUUUGAGAACAGACCUUUUUUCGACGUGAAUAUCAAGAAUUUUCUUCUAUCUCACUUCAUAGACCUUUUCAACAAGGUUUUAAAAAUGAAAUUCGAGCAGGUAUCUCCUGAUGAAUUUGCUGAACUUUGCAAAGUAUACAGGGCGUUAUGUAUUGAGUGCGCAACAGACGACACCUUUAAUAGUAAUAGUGAUUUGAUCGCCGCAAAAGAUGCGUUUUUGGUAUCUGUGUUGAGAAUCGCAGAUGGGUUUUGGGAGCAUGACAAACUUUUGCAGCUAAGGAUGCUUGAUAGUAAUAUGAACAUACCUAAUCAGAUUCCUCAUACUACUUUGCAAAGUUCGCUAUCUGCGAUUGUAAUAAAGAUAAUAGAAAGUAAUAUAGGAAAAAUUGAGGCGUCUGAACCUUUCAAAACCUUCAAGAAUACGUAA